GGCAGAACACCCACACCUUUAAGAGAGCUAGAAUGAGCAGUGGUCCAAAGUGUGGCACUGGGAGUUCAAUACAAAACCAUCAAAACACAAGCGUGUAGCGGGUCAAAACUAAGACACGACGGGCUAAUUGGAAAGGAGGAAGCGCUGUGCGACAACAUGCUCCGUCCACAGGACCAUCACACGUCUACCAUGAAGGAGCUGGACGCCACCAGGCUGAAGGACAAGGAGCACCGGAGCCGUCUGAGUCUGUUCCUGACUAAGUCAGGCUCCCACGAGAACGUCAGCCGCAAUAAGAAGACACCUGCAGCGCCCAAAAAUAUCUCCGUGGAGACAGCUCUGAGAUGGAGCCAGUCGUUUGAGGAGCUGCUCAGCUGCUCAGACGGUGUGGAAACCUUCUCUCAGUUCCUCCGGACAGAAUUCAGCGAGGAGAACAUUGAGUUCUGGCUGGCCUGUGAAGAUUACAAGACUGUGGACUCAGAUACCAAACGACUCUCUAGAGCCAAGCAGAUUUAUACCAUCUUCAUCCAAUCAGAGGCCCCUAAAGAGGUCAACAUCGACCACGCCACCAGGACGGCCAUCCAGAGCGCCAUGACCCAGCCCACGCAGCACUGCUUCCAGGCUGCCCAGCGCACCGUGUUCAGCCUGAUGAAGAAGGACUGCUACCCCAGGUUCCUGACUUCCGCCCUCUACCUCCGCCUAAGCCACAAGUCGGCACCGGGCGGGGCCGUCAUGCUCCGCAGGCGCUCGCGCUCCUGCGUCUUCGCCGACCGAGCCGAGGCAGAGGCGGCGUCGGCCUGGUGACGGCCGCGGCUGGCACGCCGAGCGGCCAGGGUGGGAGGCGGUGCCGGCCUGGUGACGGCCAGCGGGCGGGACGCAGAGCGGCCCAGGGGAACACAUUAGGACCCACGCUCACAUGCACACCUGGGUUUAAUUAAGGCUGAAUGGCUGAGUUAUUAUGUUCAUACCGGUGAUGGCCCAUAGUGCAUAAUCAUUAAUGUUAUACAUACUGUAUAUAGUGUUCCUGUUUGACAUUGAGGACACCAAAGUACAUCAAAAGACCAUCAGGUUAACUUGAUGUCUGAAAUGCUUUUCCCGUGCCUACGGCAAUUUACUAAUGAAAUAAUUUUGUUAACAUGACAGUUAAGGAUUCAGCUGGCCUUUAUCAGAUAAAGAUUGGUUAGUGUGCAUGUCAACGUGCUGUCAGCAGUGAAGCCCUCUGACAUAUUUCUUCCUUAGAAGUGUCUCAAAAAUAUUCACAUGAAAGAUUAACUUUUGUCAAUCAUCUCCCUCGAAAACAAAUUUUAUUUUUGGCAAGAGGCACAGCAAAUUUAGUGGAGGUCAUCUUAGGUUUGUUAGCCCAGCUCCAAGCAAGCCUAAGAACCAGCCGAUGCUUGGAUUCAAACAGUGGUUAUACUUCAAGUGCUUUGUCUCUAAAUACAACAGCAUAAUGCCACAGGGGGAACAUUAAUCACGUUAAUAUGCAUCCCUUCAACUUAAUGUGACUUGGAGCCAAUUAAGAUCAUUUUUCUUUCUCACCUCAACCGGCAAUCCUCUGCUCUCAUGUUGCACUAAGAGGGAAGGAUGUAUUUACUAUUCAUUAAAAUAUCCCGCAGCGGUGACAGAGAACCAUAUAUCAUGGUUUUAUACUCAUACUAAACGUAUUUAAUUUCCCCCGCAUGAAUUUAGUUUAUUAAAAAUAUUUUUGAUGAUCAUAUAUGUGGACUUGCUUUAAGUAAAAUGUAAAUUAUUAAAUAACCUGUUGAGUAAUUAUACAAAGAAGAAAUAAAUGCGCAUUUUAAAGACACUCUUUGUAUCAUUCAUUAGCUAGGAUGACGGCCACGCCUAAGUUUGACAGAUGGACCCCCAUAAAGAUUUUUCUUUCCUCAUUCCAAAUUGCGGAAAAAUGUAUCUACCAUGUGAGUCAGCAAACGCCCCCUGGAUGGUUUCGGUAUGCGCAGCACACAACACUUCCUACAGAGAGGAAUAUGUGUUCAUUUCAGUCCAUCAGAGGUCCUGCUGGGCUUGGCCACUGCAGAUUGAAUAUGCAUUGCAACGCAAGAGUGUGUUUGUUCCACAUACGCACACAAUGCAUAUGAACACAAACACACAUCAACGCACUCACAUAGACACAGGCACGCAUGCAUACAUGAACCCAAACAUAGACGUACACACAAGCACAUUUGGACACACAGCCUUGCGUGUAUACACACACACACGUGCGCCUACACACAUUUUGUGAACCAUUUUAUUAUAUCAGCUUUAGUUGAUAAAAAAAAGAUUAUCUUUUGAAAAGAAUUGCUGCCG